AUGACCCAGACCCAGGUCUUUCCAAAUAGCAGGGUCCCAACUCUCAAGGCUCAGCUUGCUGCUUUCCGGAGGAGAAAGGCAGCCAAAGAUGAGGACACAAAGAAGAAGAAGAAGAGGAAGAAGAGAGAGGAGGCAGGGGCAGCAGGAGGUGGUCAGCUGAGUUCCCCUGACCCAGACUCUCAGUCCAAGUCCCUGGACAUCAGCACGGCCAGUAACAGCAGUCUGGACCUCACCUAUCACUCCUCAGAAUCCCUGUCUGCAUAUGAUAGUGACCAACAGUCCACCAGUGCUGAGGAACUGUCUGAGGAGGGUGAGGACAGUGUAGCCCUGGAUGUAGCUCGUGUAGAACUGAAGCAGGCCAAAGCUCAGAUCCAUGCCCUUGAGGAGAAACUGUACGGGAAACAGGCAGCGCUGGAGGCACUGACUCAGGACUGUGAGCGGCUCAAGGCACAAGGGCAGCACCAGGGAGACACACAGGGAGCCCAAAGUGGAAUUGAAAAGACUGUUGAAGCGACUGUUCACAAGACCAGUGUUGCAGAAUACAAAGAAAAACUGCAGGAGUUCCAACAGGCUAUUACCCAGAGAGAUGACAUCAUCAACCAGCUGUCAGUCAACCUGCAGGUCACAGUACAGGAGAGAGACUCUGUACAGCAGGAGGCGGGGCUACAGGUGGCACAACUCACCCAGCAGAUCCAGACCUUACAGCUGCAGCUGCAACAGGCAGGUGAAAUGCUGAAGAGUCAGACAGGACAGCAGGGCACGUCUGUGGAGGACCUGUUUGCCACACAGCAGCAGGUCAUCACCUUACAGCAGAAAAUUCAGGAACAGGAGAGACUGUUACAGGAGAGGGACAGCCUGUUACAGCAGGGAGACAGCGCCAUGAGGGAGAAAACAGACCUGCUAGAGCAGAAGGAAGCAGCUCUGUCAGCGCUGGCUCAGAAAGCUGCCCGGCAGUCAGAGGAGCUGCAGAACCUGCGGGAGGGCAUCACGUCUGCGGAGACAGUCAAGCAGCAGAUGGACCUGCUGAAACAACAGUCAUCAGAAGAGAUCCGUACUCUCAUGCAGACCGUGGAGGAGCUGCAGAAGAGGUUACAUGACUCUGCGGGAAGAGAGCGGGGGGAGGGGAACGUACAAGCUCUGGAGUCACAGAGAGCAGAACUAGAGGAGCUACACGGGCAGCAGAUUCAGGAGAUGAAGGAAAGUAUUAAAGAGCAAUAUCAAAUACUAACUGAGAAACUCCAGCUAGAAAAUCAAACACUGAGACAGCAGCAGCAGGAAGAGAUGGAAGCACUCCGGUUAGAACUGGCUUCAGCUGCUGCCAGGCGGGAUGAGGUGGAACAACAGUGGUCAGAGCAGAAUGAGCUCGUCCAAUCACUGACUCAGGAGGUUUCACGGUUAACUGCUGCAACAGAAGAUUCUGCUGCGUACCUGAAUGUUGUGACAGAGUUGAAACGAGAGUAUGAUUCCAAAAUACAACAGUUGGACGACUUAGUAAAAUCUUCUGCUGCAGAAAAUGAACAGCUGAGGAGAAAAGAGGAAGAGAGUAAGCUGAAAAUUACUGAACUAUCACAACAGCUGCAGACUGUUUCAGAAGAAAAUGUGCAACUAAGAACCCAGAAGGAAGAGACAGUUGCUGUCCAGAAGAAGCCUGAGACAGACUUGAGGCUGGAGGAUGAGCUACAGAAGAUCAGAGGACAGCUCAAAGAUGUAAGGGAUGAACUUGAAGAGGCACAGUUUGAUAAAGAAAGUCUUCAGCAGUCACACCAUGCAGAACUCACACGCUUGAGAUCAGAACUCAUCUACGAGCAUGAGAACAAAAUGAAGGUCUUCAAAGACAAUCUGGAAGCAACAUUCCAGCACAAGGUGGAAUCCAUUAAAGCUAAGAAAGACCGAGAAUUUGUGGAACAACUACAACAAGCUCGGGCGGAGAUGGAAGAAACACACAAGAGGGAACUGGAGGAGCAGAGAAAACAGUACUCCAUAGAAUCACUUCACUUCACCGAGGAAGAAGCACCAGAGGUGUCUGAACUGUUGUCCUCCCUGCAGCAGGAGAACAGAGACUUGUCAGAAGCACGUGACGCACUGUUAGAACAGAUAGACCAGUCCCACCAUGACCUGGAAGAAAUGCAAGAAGAGCUUCUAAAAGUCGCCAAUGCCAAAGACAAAAUCAUCGCCGAGAAUGAGUCCCUCAAGCAGCAAGUUCGAGACUCGGUAGGGCAAAACACGUCUCAGAGGAUCCUAAACCUGGAGAGAGAACUACAGGAGCAGAGACAGACCUUCUCUUUUGCAGAGAGGAACUAUCAGGUUAACAUGGAGGAAAUGCAGGCUGAGUGUACACAGCUGCUGGAAGCCAAACAGGUUCUGGAGGAAAGAGUGAACGAGCUACUAGCAGCUAAAGUAUCCUCAGCUGCAGGUGAGUUUGGCCCUAGUGGAGAUGUCCCAUCUACAACAACAGACAGUACAGCACAGACCAACUCAGAACUAGUACAGGAACUUCAGGACUUAAAGGACAAACUCAAGGAACAAGAAGAACUCCUGAGUCAGCUGGAAUCCCUCAAGCAAGCCUUGGAUGUUGAGAGGCAGAAUAAAGUUAUUCUGGAAGAGAAGGCCAUGAACCAAAUGAACUCUUUUGAGCUUGAGAAGAAGACCCUACAGGACCAGAUAGUUAAUCUCCAACAACUGGCAGCUGAAAGUGACCAGGCUCUUCAAGUGACAAGACAGAACGAGUCGGACAGUGACUUUGAUAGAAUCUUCAAGGAAAACCAAGAACUAAGAAAGACAAUACAAACAGAACAAGAGGAAAGGGGAAAUGCAGACGCAUUGUUAUCCACGCUAACAGAAACUCUUGAGUCAGUGAAGAAUGAGUUGAAGUUGAGAGAAUCAGAACAGUUGGAGUUACGGGAAGCGGUGAAUCAAGCUAUGGCAGACAAAGAAGAAAGUUUGGCUUCAAAAGAUGCAGAAUUACAAAAUCUGAAACGGGAUAUAGAAAUCCUUCGUACAGCAUCAAAUGGCCAGGAGGACAAGUCAACUGAUGAUGAGUUUCAAACAUUGGGUCAACCACCGUCAGAAAGCCUUCUGCAAGAAUUAGAACAGGUGAAGAAAGAAUUAAAGGAGACACAAGAGAUAUAUUCCAAGGAAAACAAGUUGCUUAAAGAAGCACUAGAGUAUGAGAGAAAGGGCAGCCCAUUGCUUGAGCAGGAGGAGCAAGGACAGCUACAGGAGGAGCCAGGACAGCUGCACAGCAGGAUGGUACAGCUACAGGAGGAGCAGGAACAGCUGCAGAGAAGGGUGGUACAGCUGCAGGAGGAAGUGUCCAGGAGAGAAGACAGGGAGCAGGAACUCAUACAGGAAAAGAACCAGCUGGUAGCAGUGCUCAAGGAAAGGACAGCCCAGCUGCAGCAGGAUAAGGAGACAGUACAGCAGCAGCUGCAGCAGCAGGAGGACCUGGUGCAGACUUUCCAAACUCGCAUGCAGACUUCUGACUCUGUCAGUGCUGAGGUGCAGCAGGUGUUUGGUCGUCAGCUGUCUGCCCUGCAGGCCCAGAGAGAUGAACUCCUGAGACAGCUGGAGACACACAGACAACAGCAGACCUCCUUCUCUGACAUCCUACUGGAGAAAAACGCCCUGGAGGAAAACCUGCAGAAGGAGAAGGAGUUACUGAGAACAAAGUUACAGGAGAAGGAUGAUCUGGAGAGAGGGCUGCAGGAGGAGAGGAAGAGGCUGGAACAGCAGGUCCAGGAACAGAGGAGACUGGAGGCAGUUCUAGAAGAGAAAAAUAAACUGGAGCAGGAGCUGGCCAAACAGAAACGUGAGCUGGAGGGACAGCUGAGGGAGAUAGAAGAACGUCUUCAUGAGAAGGAGGUACAGCUGGCAGAAGAGAAGGAACUGUUGGCGCGGGAGACCAGGAUAAAGGAAGUGGAGAUGAGGAGAUGGCAGGCAGAUCUCAAGGAGAAGCAGCUAGAGUUCCGUGAUCGGGAGGCACAGCUGAGGACUCACUUCUCCACUCAGAUCCAGAAGGUCCAGUCCAGUACUGAGGAGACUAACAUCAAGAGGAUCCAGCUCAUGCGUGUGGAGAUGGAGGGGAGACACAAGGAUGCCAUCCAGCGGCUGAGACGAGAACUGGACCAAGACUACAGCGUUCGUGAGAAGCGUCUGAGAGACGGGCACUCGGCUGCUGUAUCCAUACUCAAGAAACAACACCAGCAGCAGGUGUGGACUUCUUCUUAGAUUUCUCAUUUGCUGUGAUCAAUCAGGCACUUUCAAUUCAAUUCCUUAGUAAAAAAACACACUGAACAGUUUUGUUAUCAUGCACAUUGCACAUUUUUCUCCGUCAAUAGAGUUAUCAUUAAACUUCAAUCAA